AAAGAACUCCCAAAACUACGUCGUUCAAUACGAUCUCAAGAUUUCUCAAAAGUCUCAUCUGAUCACAUCAGUUCGAAGCUUCAAACCCUCAAUCAAUCCCCAAAUGGCGAUACUCACAGUGAACAACAACUCUAAUGCUUAUUCUUCCAUCAUCCGCCUCAACAUCGGUGGCAAAAAGUUUUGCACAACAAUCGAUACAUUGACCCAGCGUGAGCCGGAUUCAAUGCUUGCAGCAAUGUUCAGUGGUCGCCACACAGUCCAAGACUCUGAUAAGGGUUAUGUUUUUGUUGAUCGGGAUGGAAAACAUUUUCGGCAUAUUCUGAAUUGGCUGAGGGAUGGUGUAGUUCCUACUUUGAAGGACUCCGAAUAUUCAGAGCUUUUACGAGAGGCUGAAUAUUUCCAGCUUCUUGGAUUGAUGGAUGGAAUUAAAGCAUCUUUGUUUAAGAGGAAGGAUGAUGAAGAGAUCGGCACUGAAAUGACACGCGUUGAUAUUAUUAAGUGCAUACAAUCUGAGAAGGUCAGAUUUCGAGGAGUCAAUCUCUCCGGCCUUGAUCUGUCUAAACUGGAUCUAUCAUAUGUCGACUUUAGUUUUGCGUGUCUCAAGGGUGUGUUUUUUUCACGUGCCAAUCUUCAGUGUGCGAAGUUUAAGGAUGUGGAUGCUGAGGGUUCCAUAUUUCACAAUGCAACUUUGCGAGAAUGUGAGUUCACUGGAGCUAAUCUUCGUGGAGCUCUCUUAGCUGGGGCCAAUCUCCAGAGUGCAAAUUUGCAAGGUAAUCCACAUUGCUAAGUAUUCCAACUCUUUUAUUUAAUCGAUCUGCAUAACUCGUUUGACAAUUUUCAGACAGCUGAUCUUACCAAUGCCAACUUAGAAGGAGCUAAUCUUGAAGGAGCCAAUUUAAAGGGUGCAAAGUUAACAAAUGCAAAUCUUAAAGGUGCAAAUCUCCAAAGAGCUUAUCUUCGGCAAGUUAACCUUCGCGGUGCAGAUUUGGAAGGCGCAAAGCUUGACGGUGCCAAUUUGUUAGACGCAAUCAGGUGAUGGAUGGGUGAGGUUCAAACUUCAAAACGGUCUGGUGAAUAACAUAUCUCUGCUCUUUCUCCUAAGUUAAGCUUCCGUCCCAAACUAUAAAAAUUUGCACAGCCGAAUUAGUUUAAUUUGGUGUGCAGAAUAAACGUGCAACAUUCUAUAACUAAUAUAUUGAUGACUUGUGUGUAAUACUGUGAUGCUCAUGUAUGAUUUUUAUGGAGGAAAAAAAUUAGGGAGUGGUUAUUACA